GCUGAGGCUGACACCCUAUCCCGUCUUGGUGCUUGAAAGCAGUGGGAGAUGCCGCCCCGCCCCUUCCUGGUCCCGGCCCCGCUUGAUCUCGCCUUCCCUGCCCUUUCUUUGUGUUUGAGCCUGGCUGUCCCUACCUCCCCUCCCGGGCCGGCAUCUGCUACGUAAUGAGUCACGCAAGCACACAAAGCACGUCGAAACAGGAAGUGGGAUCCAAAACAAACGAGCCGGGCUGUGGGCGUAGCUGCGGGCCGGGGCUCAGGCUAGGGGAGGGGGCGCCUCGCAGACGGGCCGCCUGUCCCAUCCCCGCCGGGCGCCGUAGCCUUCGUGCGUCCCGGGGAGCAGCCUCUCUGGGCCGAGCACCCAGGCUUCCUCGCUCCUCCCGGGCCAAGCGCGGCCUCCCCGCAGCCCCCGAACCAUGUCGGCCAUGGAGAAACACCUCUUCAACCUCAAAUUUGCCGCCAAGGAGCUGAGCAGGAGCGCCAAGAAGUGCGAGAAGGAGGAGAAGGCCGAGAAGGCCAAGAUCAAGAAGGCCAUCCAGAAGGGCAACAUGGAGGUGGCGCGCAUCCACGCCGAGAACGCCAUCCGCCAGAAGAACCAGGGCGUCAACUUCCUGCGGCUGAGCGCGCGCGUGGACGCCGUGGCGGCCCGGGUGCAGACGGCCGUGACCAUGGGCAAAGUGACAAAGUCCCUGGCCGGGGUGGUCAAGUCCAUGGACGCGGCGCUGCGCAGCAUGAACCUGGAGAAGAUCUCGGCUCUCAUGGAUAAGUUCGAGCACCAGUUCGAGACUCUGGAUGUGCAGACGCAGCAGAUGGAAGACACGAUGAGCAGCACCACCACGCUGACAACGCCGCAGGGCCAGGUGGACCUGCUGCUCCAGGAGAUGGCCGACGAAGCCGGCCUGGACCUCAACAUGGAGCUGCCGCAGGGCCAGACGGGCUCCGUGGCCACGGUGGCCUCGGCAGAGCAGGACGAGCUGUCCCAGAGACUGGCCCGGCUGCGCGACCAGGUGUGACCCGCUGUGGCGGGGACGACCCGGCCCUCAUCGCCCGAGAGCUGUUGGUGUGAUAGAUCCGCCCCUUUUAAAAAUGCAGCAGGAAUGUUUCACUCUUUGGGAUUUCCUGGUCCGAUGGCGUUUGAUUUUGAUUUCCACGGACGUGGUCGAGGAUUGGGGGCUGUUCUUUUGCAGGUGGCUUUUUAACGGGACUAGAGGUUAAAUUGUCUUGGAAAUUGGGCCAGAAUCUAAAAAACACCGCCUAGGGCUUAUCUUUGGAGAACUGAGUUUAAUUCCCAUUCUCAUACCUUCGGUUCACCAUCCUGCCUCCAAAUAGGGAUUGAAUGACAAUGGGAACAGUUGGAAUGUCUCUGAUUUCUUAGCAAAAAAAAAAAUCAGUUUAGUAUGUUUGUGUUAAUAUCAAAUAAAAGCUAUUAUUGGCUUUUAUUCUCUUCAUUAGAUUUAAUUUUAAUUAGCAAAAGCAUUUUUACAUAAUAUUCUGACUACUGUUUCGGUGCUGUAAAUUGUCUUUACCUGAAAAAAGUGCCAUGUCACUUCAUUUAUGGGAGACAUUGUUAAUUUGUGUUUUUGUUCAUAAACUCACAGCUAUAUUUAAACUUACAUUGUCUCAGAUAUGUUGAAACACAUUUACAGUGAUUCCAUAGCUAGUUAAUUCUUUUUAGGCUGUAUUUUUAAAAUAUACUCAUUUAUGUGUAAUUCUCUCAUGUCAUUCUCAGAUCGCUUGACUAUUUUGGAAAAUCCUAGCCUGUGUGUCUGUGUAUAAGACAAAUGUUAAGAUAAGGGAAAGAUACAAAUUCCGAAAUUAAAACUAUAUUUUAAAUUCCUAGCUAAAUGCUUUUAUCCCUUUUGUCUUUAAAGCAGCCACUCUUUAAUAAUUGGCAAAAUGAAAAAAAAAUCUUGAGAUUUUUAAAAAAUGGAGACAGAUAAUUUAACUUUUCUAAUCAGGUGAAAAUUGGAAGUGUAUUAGUUUUGCUUUUUGAAAAUUGAUUGGGUUGAGGGAGAGUCAUGUGAAAUUGGAAAGCAGGAAAAGCUGUUAAUGACUAGAGCCCAAGAAGAAAGCAGUUUGGUGCCCAGGUGUGCUUUAUUUUGGCCAGUUUAUCUUAACUGAAAGUGUAAGUUAAUGUAUAGCUGUGAUUUUCUAAGUUAAUAUGUAAUGGACAGUGACUUUGCAAAAUAGCAAGGGACCUAGGUUAAGGAAGUAUAAUUUUUUUCCUUGCUAGAAGAUGUCUCCAUAAAAGAAUUCCAAUGUUUUUUCAAAUAAGGAAGUUCCAUUGCAGAGCAAAUUGCUAUAGGAAAUCUUCCUGUUAUGAGUUACAAAGGCAUCCAAAGUGCAAUUAUGGAGUUCCUUGUAACACAAGGUGUUCGCCAUUUAUGGCAAUUAUUGUUACUAACUUCCUGACAAUUGUUAUUGAUAAGAAAUGUGAGUUGAGAUUGUUUGAAUACAGCUAAAUGCAGUUAGAAAUUAAAGUUUUGUUUGUGACUGAUAGUA